AUGAGGGUCCUCUCCCUCUUCUUUGCUGCUGCUGUCUCCUGCUGGGGGGCCCCUGCAGCAGCAAUCCGUCUGUCUCCUUCUUUGUCUCUGCUGCUGCAUGGGGGCCCCCUAGACCCUGCUGCGCUGCUGCAAGGGGACAGCAGCAGCAGCAGCAGCAGCAGCAGCAGCAGGCUGCCGUUUAGUCUGAUGCAGCAGCAAGAAGGAGACAGUUUAGAGGGGGAGACAGAAACAGAGACAGAAGCAGAGACAGACACAGAGACAGAGGCCCCGCUGCAGCAGGCCCAGUCUCCUGCUGCUGCUGCAGCAACAGCAGCAGCAGCAGCAGCAGCAGAAGAGGAGACACCACAUACAGAGAGUGGAGACACAGGAGAAGAGACAGAAACAGAAGCCUCCGAUACCCCCUCAGCUGCAGCAGCAGACGAGGAGACAGCAGCAACAGCAGCACCAGCAGCAACUGCAGCAACUGCAGCAGCAACAGCAGCAGCAGCAGAAGAAGCAGCAGAGACAGGGGGAGAAGCUACAGAAGAGACACAAGAAGCUGAGGAUACACCCCAGCAAGAAGGAGAGGAGACAGCAGAAGAGGAGACUGGCUCUCCCGCAGAGGGGGGCCCCCAGGGGCCCCCAGGGUCUGAGCCCCCCAUAGAGGCAGCAGCAGAGGGGGCCCCCAGCUCUAAACAGCUGCGAACUGCUGCUGCUGCAGACACAGCAGCAGCAGCAGCAGCAGCAGCAGCAGAACCCUCUGAAAACAAAGAGGAGACAGCAGCAGCAGCAGCAGCAGCCCAACCUGCUGCUGAAGCAGCAGCAGCACAGCAGCUGCAGCAGCAAACACCCAGCGUACAGGGGCCCCCCUCCCCCCCUCAGCAUGAGGCUUCUAUAGGGGCCCACACAGUAGGGGGCCCCCCGGCCGCUGCAGGAGUCCCUUCGGAAGUAUCUGGGGGCCCCCAGGGGCCCCCCCAGGGGGCCCCCCAGGGGGGCCCCCCUGAAGGAUCUAUGGGGGCCCCCUCUGAAGCCUCUAUGGGCCCCCCCGGGGCCCCGUCUGAGAGCGCUGGGGGCCCCCCUGCUGUCCCCUCUGAAGAGUCAGUGGCCCCCCCCCCUGGGGGCCCCCCCCAUGGGGGCCCCCAGGGGGGCCCCUCUGGGGGCCCCGGUGAGGGGGGCCCCCCUGGGGGCCCCGGUGAGGGUGUGAGCCUGUGGACGCGGCGGUUUUUGUCGCGCGGGGGCCGGGCGCUGGGGGUGCUGGCGCAUGCAAAUUUGAUGGAUAUAUUCAGCAGCAGGUCAGCAGCAAUAAGAAGCAGCAGAAGUUUAAUAAAAGGCUUCACUAACAAAUUCAGAACACUGAGGAGACAGAUGAAAGAAGCUAGUGAACUGCAGCAGCAGCAGCAGCAGCUGCAGCAGCAGCAGCUGCAGCAGCAGGGACAGGGACAGGGAGAGCAGCAGCAAGGAGAGGGAGAGGAAUUGCAGCAGAAAAUGCAGCAGGGGGAGGAACAAGAGGAGAUGAAACAGCAGCAACAGCAGCAGCAGCAGCAGCAGCAGGAAAAGGAACAGCAGCAGCAGCAGCAGCAGCAGGCACAAUCCCCAGCAGCAGCAAAGACAGCUUAG